CCCGGCCCGGCCGCUGCCCGGCCGCCGCCCCCCGCCAUGUCCCCGCCGCCGUCCCCGUCCCCGCCGCCCGCCCUGCCCUGGCUGCUCGCCGCCUGCUGCCUCUGCGCCCUGCCGCGGGGCUCAGGGUUUCCCCAGCCUUUCUCCCGCUACAGGGACGGCGCGGAGCUGCCCAAAAGUCAGCAACUGGCGCUGUGCUUCAGUCAGUGGAUGGAGCUGUCUCACCAACCCCAGAUCUCCAGCACUGUUUUGGAUCUUUGUUAUUCCAUAUUCAACAGCAUGCAUACAAAUGAGGAAUCACAGAUUGCUACUGCAGAGUUUACAAAGAAGGAUAGUCACGGGACUCUGGGACGGCCGUUUUUCCUUUUCAGGCCUCGAAAUGGAAGAACUAUUGAAGGCAGUGAAUACCACGGAAUAUGAAGUUUGUGGGUCGAUUUACUAGCUCGGUAACUUGGUUUAUACAAAGAAAAGAGACUUCCUGUUGCCCUGUUCGUCUAUUAUGUGACUCAGUUGUCUGGAAUUUAGUGUUCCAUGUAAUAAAUUUGCAAUC